AUGAGAAUGGGGAAAGUUGCUUUAAUUUCAGUAGCAGUGGCCGUGCUGUCGGUGCUGCUUGGAGAGAGGCUCGUCAAUUUAAGCAAAAGGUAUCUCGCCUUCAGGGAGGUAACUCCAAAUCAUCUGCCCAACUGUGUCACACUCAAAAAGAUAGAUCACGGGUCCGAGGAUAUAACUGUCAUGGGACACGGGCUGGCCUUCAUCAGCACUGGGCUCAAAUACCCUGGACUGCCAUCCUCAGACAUGCCAGGGAAAAUCUACACCCUUGACCUCAAAGAUCCUCUUUUGAAACCACUGGAGCUGCGAAUGCCAAGAAACUUUGACCUGGACUCCUUCAACCCUCACGGCAUCAGUUUGUUCGUAGAUCCAAGUGACGAUGCAGUCUACCUGUUCGUUGUCAAUCAUCCUCAACACAAAAGCCAAGUGGAGCUUUUCAAAUUUGUAGAGGAAGACUUCUCGCUGAUCCAUUUGAAAACCAUCAAGCAUGAACUUCUGCACAGUGUAAACGAUAUAGUUGCGCUGGGAGUGGACAGUUUCUAUGCCACCAAUGAUCACUACUUCCACAAUGAAAUCCUCAAACGCUUGGAGCUUCUUCUGCUUCUGCCUUGGACCAAUGUUGUAUACUACAGUCCUGAGGAGGUGAAAGUGGUUUCUGACGGCUAUUACUUUGCAAAUGGGAUCAAUAUCUCUCCAGACAAAAGGUACAUAUAUGUGUCAAGUGUAUUUAGCCACGAUGUGUUCGUGUUGGAGCGGAAGGAAAACAAUGACUUGACUCUCGUGAAGUCAGUAGCUGUGGGUUCCCUCUGUGACAAUAUUGAAGUUGAUCCUGAAACUGGCGACCUUUGGCUGGGAUGUCACCCUAAUGCAAGAAAGAUUUUCCUGUUCGACGCCAAAAACCCUCCAGGAUCAGAGGUCAUCCGCAUCGAGAACAUCCAUUCCGAUCAGCCUGUGGUCACUCAAGUGUACGCAGAUGAUGGUCAUGUGAUCAUGGGCUCUUCUGUGGCGACCACCUAUGGGGGGAAGUUGCUCAUUGGCUCUGUGUUUCAUAAAGCUUUGUGCUGUGAUUUAAAGUAGUCAUAAAGCUGGAGUCUGUAAUGACAUUUAAUUACGGAAACUUAAGAUUCACCCAAAAACUUUGUCAUUUAAGAGAUAAUUAAAACCUGCAAGGUGUUUAAAGACGCUUGUGCCAUUAUGCUUAAAACUUUAAUUUUUUUUAGUAGGGUUCUUUAGAAAGGUUAUCGGGGUUAAUCUAAUGCCCUUGAAUGACAUCAGUUUGUGAAAAUAGUUUAAUUCUGACCAUACUGACAAGCUAACAGCUAUGAGUGGGCAGAUAUCCUGUAAUCUUAGCCUCAUUGAACUAGUCACUAACUUGUCAAUCAAAUCAGAAUUACUCAAUAUUUCUCUAAGCUGAGGUUAUUUAAAUACCUACAGACAAGAGUUAAGAUAUAUGUUUAAAUUGUUCCACACACCCCCUUUGCAAAAUAUCAGAAGUAUCUCUUUAAAGGUGCUCCAGGAGAUACCGGAGGAUGAUGAUGUUUACCUGAGCCUCAGAGCGAACAGCAUGCAGCUUACUGAAAUGUGAUAAUAAGGGACCUACAUAUGGAAACUGUUUACAAAAGUUAGAAGAAUAUAUCUUGCUUUCAUGUCAUAAGAAUAUUUUUAAUUGGGUAAAAGACUGAAAUGUGAUUUAUUUUUAUUUUUAUUAAUGUUGUAAUUUUUUGUCACAGUAAAUUCAGUUUUACAAAAAAUAAA